GGGCGGCGCAGUUCGUAUUGCGAACGUCGGAUCUCAAAGCAGGGGGUUCGGGCUUAGUAAAGGCCGGACGGGGGAGGGCCGAGGGUGCAUUGAUUGGUUAUUUUAAGCAGGGAACUUUGCCGGCGUGGUAAGCGAUCUCCCUCACAUUGGUCUUCUCGUGUCGCUGCACACCAGCUUUGGCCUUCCCGCUUCUGCGCAGCCCGACCCGGCCAAAGCCACUCGGCCUGCCCCCAGUGUGUUUUGUCAAUCACAAGGAGAAAAAGAAGCAUGUCCGACUACGGAUCUUUGCCGACCAAUGGCGUCGGUGCCGGAGCUAAAAAGGAUGCGUUUGCAGACGCCAUGGAACGAGCCAGACAGAUCGCAGCUAAAAUCAGCGGUGAGACUGCUCAUCUGGCAGGCAACAAUGGAGGAGCGGAGGGGUACCCGUUUUCCACACAGAAACGAUCGCUCGAAGAAGCAGACGAACCUGAUGCCAAGAAGGUAGCGUCACAGAUUGAAAGAGAUUCUUCUUUGUCCAUCGGAGCGCAACUGGCUGCCCUGUCUCAGCAAAGCAUCAGGUCCUCCACAAUGACAGAAGAGUGCAGAGUGCCUGACGCCAUGGUUGGUCUCAUCAUCGGUAGAGGGGGUGAACAGAUCAACAAAAUACAGCAGGACUCUGGCUGUAAGGUCCAGAUUGCACAUGACAGCGCUGGUACUACGGAACGAAAUGUUUCUUUGACAGGUUCAGCCGAAGCCAUACAGAGAGCCAAGGCACUCAUAGAUGACAUUGUGACAAGGGGCCCCGAUUCGUCCAACGGGCAGUCCGGUUCCAUGCAAGAGAUGAUCAUCCCUGCGGGCAAAGCUGGCCUCAUUAUAGGCAAAGGAGGCGAAACCAUCAAGCAGCUACAGGAACGAGCUGGAGUUAAAAUGAUCCUCAUUCAAGAUGGAUCCCAGCCACCAAACGUGGAUAAACCUCUGCGCAUCAUUGGAGACCCUUUCAAAGUGCAGCAAGCUAAGGAGAUGGUCAAUGAGAUUCUCCGGGAGCGGGAUCACGCCGGUUUCGGAGAAAGGAGCGAAUAUGGCUCAAGAAUGGGCGGAGGUGGAGGUGGAGGCGGAGGCGGAGGUGGAGGCGGAGGCGGAGGGGGCAUUGAUAUAGCUGUUCCUCGCCAUGCAGUGGGUGUCGUAAUUGGACGAAGCGGGGAGAUGAUUAAAAAGAUCCAGAGUGAUGCUGGAGUUAAAAUACAGUUUAAACCAGAUGAUGGCACUGCUCCUGAAAAAAUUGCUCAUAUUUCGGGUCCUCCUGACCAGUGUCAACAUGCAGCCUCCAUCAUCACAGAUCUGCUUCAGAGUAUUCGUAACCGAGAUGAGGGAGGCCAGGGGGGCCCCGCUGGUUCAGGGAUGCCACCUGGAGGACGAGGACGGGGUAGAAGCCAGGGCAACUGGGGUCCCUCGGGUGAAGAGAUGACCUUCUCCAUUCCUGCUCACAAAUGUGGACUUGUGAUUGGCAGAGGAGGAGAAAACGUCAAAUCCAUUAACCAACAGACUGGUGCAUUUGUUGAGAUGCUACGUCAGCCACCACCAGAUGGUGAUCCAAGCUUCAAACUGUUCACCAUCAGUGGAACCCCUCAACAGAUAGACUAUGCAAAGCAGCUAAUAGAAGAGAAGAUUGAGGUGCAGUUGUGUCCUGUGGGUGGUGGUCCUGGUCCAGGAGGUCCCGGUGGUUCAAUGGACCCCUAUAACCCCAACCCAUAUAAUGCAGGAACCCCUGGUGGAGCACCCCAUGGUGCACCCGGUGGUCCACAGUACCAUCCUCAGGGCUGGGGGAACAACUUCCAGCAAUGGCAGGCCCCUGGGCCACAGGACCCUAAUAAGGCACCAGCAGAUCCGAAUGCCGCUUGGGCAGCCUAUUAUGCACAGUACUAUGGUCAGCAGCCAGGCGGUGCCAUGCCAGCCCAGACCCCAGGAGAUCCUGGACCACCAGGGGACCAGAACCAAGCACCACAGACUGCUGGUGGCCAGCCAGACUACACAAAGGCUUGGGAGGAGUACUACAAGAAGAUGGGCAUGGUUCAGCCUGCAGGAGGGGCAGCAGCUGCUCCAGGAACAGCGGCUGCUCCUGCAGCAGCUGGAGGAGCAGCACCUGGAGGCCAGCAGGAUUACAGUGCGGCCUGGGCAGAGUACUACAGACAGCAGGCUGCUUACUAUGGGCAGGGAGGGCAGGCACCCGGGCAACCAGCUGCUCCACAGCAAGGGCAGCAGGCCCAGUAAAGAUGUCAUGACCGUGUGGAUGGUUUUGUUGGCUCCUGGGACUUCUGCUUAUAGAGAUUUCCAUUUUGGCUUCAACAAUUUAAGACCCUGAUUUCACAAUUUCCCUUUUUUUUUUCUUUUUUUUUCCUUUUUUUUUAAUUCAAAACUUGCUAGUUGUCUGAGCUACUAUCCCCCACCCCACUCCCUCGAACAGAACAAGGGGGAAACUUUUUCUCAUGCAUUGCAACAAGGCACUAAAUAAUGUUGAUAGAAUCUGUCUGCUCAUCAACUCACCCACACUGUGUAAUAAUAAGUCUAAUUUACCUUUUCAAAAUAUUGUAAAAUAUGUCUCUUUACUGCAGAGAAUUCACAAUUAUAAAUUUCAAGUUUCACAUUCUGGUUAAUGGUAUCACUUUGCAGUAUAUUUUAUGUUAAAAUUCUGCUUUGAUGGCAACAUUUUUCUUACUUUUGGUACUUUUUAAACCUCAUUUAAAAUAAGUAUCAGUGUUGAAAUUGCAGUUGUAAUUGACCAUGCAUUUCUUAAUUUUUAUUUGAUUCACUGUAAAAAUCAAACAAAAAAAACAAAAGUUUUUCAGAAGGGGAUUGUGUGUGUGUCUGUACUCUGUAAGCAAUAAUGCUACUGAACAGGAGAAUGUGUGCAAGUUUGCUGUAAUAUGGCAUCUCAUAUGUUGGCUGGUUGUGUGUGCAUGUAUGUGUGGGUUUGUCUGCCCUCUGCUUAUUUCUACAACGUAAUUGAUGGACAAUAUUUUUUUCUGUUCCGAUAGGCUCUGUCAUUGUAUUUUGUUGUUUUUUACAGCUUGUUUUUAAAUACUUAAAAUAAAACAUUCAGAUCUAAUUACCUCUUUAAUCACAAAUGUUUCUCUGCAUUAUAAAGUUAAUACAGAUUAAAAGUUAACGCAUUAAAUAAAAUUUCCUUUAAAAGCACAGGGGCGGCGUAGCUCGGUAGGUAGGGUGGCUGCACCAGCGACUUGAGGGUUCCAGGUUCAAUCCCCGCUUCUGCCAUCCUAGUCAAAGCUGUUGUGUCCUUGGCCAAGACACUUCACCCACCUGCUCCCAGUGCCACCCACACUGACCUAAAUGUAACUUAGAUAAUGGGUUUCACUAUGCAAAGCGCUUUGAGUCACUAGAGAAAAGCGCUAUAUAAAUAUAAUUCACACUUCACAAUUUUUUUUGUCGCACGAUUAACACUCGUGCGUCCUGUUUGACCCCUCUGCCCAUUCCGUAGUGUUGGAAAAUGUAUGCGUUCAGUUACUGUUGAGCCACAAGCGGGGGCAAAAUAGCAAGCAGAAAUGGACAAAGGAAAUGGUAUAUUUUGGAAAGCCCAAAGCCAUGGCAACUGGUCCUCUUGACAAGACUAUUUCAUCCAUGAUGUCCGUGAGCCAUACUCCUUAGAGCAAAAUGCCUUGCAUUCAGAGGGGUGGAGCUUCACUUCUUCGUGUAGGUUACAGUUUACUGCAUUGAUAACAUAAUGUUGAUUGUUACUGUAACUGGUCUAGUAAGAUGGAAUAAAAGCUCAGCAGAAAGGAAAGACAGAAGGCAGUAAGUCUAGUCACAUUUUUAUCAGACUUUCACGUUGUCAAAACAUGUCAAGACACGUUCCUAAAACCAAUCACACACUUCCAGCUAAAUAAUAGAAUAGAAAGUACUUUAUUGAUUCCUGGGGGAAAUUCAGCACCACUGUUAGCUCACAAUAAACAAACACUUAGGUAUUUUUUACAUGUGAAUAAUAUAGUCUAUUAUACAGCAUUAUUCACAUGUGAAUAAUAUAAAUACAGUCAAUUAUACAUUCAAGUACAGUCAAAAAGGAACAUAUGCAUUA